CACACGUACGGAACGUGAUCGGCGGGGUUGGGAAGCGUUUCGAAGCGCGAGCGUGCCACACACUGCUCUCGUCGAGGGGUUUGUUUCGGUUUGAACAACGUGCGAUGCGGACGGUUUCGCGUCGUGUGCUCCUGUCUUGCCCAGAGCUCUGCGUGCGUGUGUGAUUAGCGUUAGCGCAGAGACAACGGCGCGUUUCUGUAGGUGCCACCGUCGAGUUAGAGCAGCCAUCAUCCUCUGUGUUUUUAGUGUUGGGGUUUUGCACAUCGCCAUCCUCAACCACAUUCGAGUGUGUAGUGUGUGAAUCCGUUUCGGCAAAACAAAAAAAAAUCCCCAUAGUAAGAGAAGCGCGAAGUGAUUGAAUGUUUGGCGGUGUCUGUUUCCAUUGGUUGGACGUUUAGUGUUGCUCCUAAUGAUGAAGUGAAUUCGACCGAUGGUUGAUCAGCAGUAAGUGUGCGGGCGAUUGUAAGUGUGUAGAAGUGGGUGUUCUCGAAAAAAAAAAAAACAAAACGCCAAAUGAACCACAAAAAAGGAGUGCGCCGAAAGGUGAAAGAUGAAGCUAAAAGUCUAACCAAAAAGAGUUCUGUGUGCGCGUGUGUAUGUGUUUCUGUGGCCUCUUAGUGGCACAAAUUCCAAUAAGAGGAAAAAAUUCGUUGUGAUUUUGACAAAAUUCCCGCCACAGUGCGUCAGUGUGCUGGAAUCACUCGAAAAGGAUUAUCAGUAGGCCGUGUGAUUGAAAGAAGUACGCGGCAGCUUCGCGUGAGGUAGCAGCAGGUCCUGCUGAGCGAACAUCUCCAUCUUCCACUGUUCACCGUUUCCUCACGAGAACGCACCAACGGCGAGACGUGAACGGUGACUUACUUUCGAGGAUACACUCGAGAGCUUGGCGGACGGAACUGAAAGAGAACGCACGGAACCGGUGGCUGGUGGUGGUCAAUACACGACACGACGGUUUGUCCAUCAUCACGUGAACAAAGUGCGUGCGUGCGAGUGUUGUAAUUGAUAUGUAUGUGUGUGUGUUAAGGUGCUUUACACAUCAUCAGCAACUUUAGUUGUCACACACCAAGGUGCAAUAGUUUAAUGCAAUAGCAUAACAUAACAAGUGGUGUCUUUCAAAACUUAACUAAAGUGUUCAAGUGAAAUAAUGAAAAUGUUGAAAAAGUGGCACAGUUGUUGAAUUAAAAGAAAUAAAUAGGAAGAAACAACAGCAAAAAACAAAACGCCUUAAACACAGUGCUACUAUGAUAUGACGUCAAAUUAUCAUCGCCUGCUCUGUAUCCAGUAGUGACCAGUGAGUGUGCCUGCUGGGAAGGUUGCUGCUGUUUGUGCGCUCAGGAGGUGAAGGGCGACUAAUCUGUUCAUAUUGAGCACGGCACAGGCUGUCGGCUGCUUCUGUGUGACAACCGUGCGCUAAUUAGUGGAUGGAAUAUUGUGCAAUCCGUCCACUAUAUUCCCUGUGUACGCUGUGUACGAUUAUAGAGAGAGAGAGAGAGAGAGAGAGAGAGAGAGAGAAUGUUGCAAUCGAAGCGAAGCCGUCGGCCUUAGCCGCGAACACUCCACAAGCUCCACACUGUGUCCCUUAGUGUCACUGUGUACGUGUGUGUAUGUGUGGUAGUGUAGUGUAUGUGUGUGUAGGGUGUGUGAAAUUAUAUUGUACCACCGCUAAACUUCUACACCCUCUCUUUCUCUCCCCCGGUAAACUUCUCGGAAAAGCUAUCGUGUAUCCUGCCACGACAAUAAGUGGAGCUGUGUGAAGUGCUUGUGCGUGUUUGUGUGUAUGCUUUAGGGUGUCCACGUGUGUGUGUGAGUGUGUGUGUGUGACGCUAGUAGUCCACGGCCUGGUGUCCGUGUGCUUUAGGCCAGUGCCGGUUCGACCAUCUGGCGUCCGGAGCGCGGUGUUUCGGUGCGGACUGGGCGAGUACGAGCGCAAUGGCAGUAUCCUGCCCGGAAGUUAUGUACGGUGCAUACUAUCCUUAUUUGUACGGCCGUGCCGGACCGAGUCGACCAUUUUAUCAGUAUGAAAGGUUCAACCAAGAUCUCUACUCAUCGUCCGGUGUGCCGUUGGCCGCCUCGUCCAGCACCUCGGCCGGUUCGCACUCGCCGUGCAGCCCGCUGCUGCCGCCGUCGCUACCGUCGAACUUAGCGGCCGCGGCCGCCGCCGCACAGUCCAGCUCGACCCUUACCUCCUCGGCGACGGUGACGUCCGUCAACCAGACCGCCAUACCGACCAUCCCGCUCGGUGCGCUGCAGAGGCACAUUACCAAAGAGGAAGACAUCAGCACCGCCCGAAGUGACACGGAAGGAACCAUAUCCGGUGCGCACAACGAUAGCUCGUGCUCUUCCGGCCCGGACUCGCCGCACAACCUAAACCAGCAGCAGGCCGAUGCGAGCGGGUUGGCAGCGGCCGCAGCUGCCGUGGCCGGUGGUGGUGGCAGCGGUGAAUCGUCCGGCGGUCUGAUGGCCGGCGGUAGCGGAAAUGGCCGGGCACAGUACGUGUCGGCGACGUGCGUCGUGUUUACGCACUACUCGGGCGAUGCGGCCAGCGUGGUGGACGAACACUUUUCUAGGGCGUUAAAUUUUAGCGAUAAGAAUAACAAAGGAUACAGUUCGAUGUCGAGUAGAAACUUCCCUCCCUCAUUCUGGAACAGCAACUACGUUCCACCAACACCUGCCCCAACGCAUCACCAGGUUUCUGACCUUUACUCUACCGACGGUGGCUAUUCGGCGGAUCCGUGGCAUGCGGCACACUACGGCUCGUACGCACACGCUGCCCAUGCGCAUGCCGCACACGCCCACGCGUACCAUCACAAUAUGGCCCAAUAUGGCAGCUUACUGAGGUUACCGCAACAGUACGGACACACGUCCAGGUUACACCACGACCAACAGACGGCACAUGCGUUAGAAAGUGCAGCGGCGUACACGAGCUAUCCAACGAUGGCAGGACUAGAAGCACAAGUACAGGAAUCGUCGAAGGAUUUGUACUGGUUUUAGAUAGUGAAAGAUGCAAAACCUUUUGCAUGCAUAACCAACACGACGAAGGCAUUACAGUUACAAAACUAUCAUUUAAUGGAGUAAAACAUUUAAACAAAAAACAAAACAGGAGAGCUACAAGAGAAAUGUACACAACGAUGCACCCUUGCAGAGUAUAAAUAAACAGGAUAAGCGUGUUUUUUCGGUACAAACGGCAACAAACAACUGGAAAACAACAGUGCUUAGACCAGACUCAUUUAGUGAAGGAAAGCAUCGAAAUGAGGUAAAGUUGUAGUGAAAGCGAAGCGAUGGUUGGAAAUUCUUACGACUGAAGAACGAAAUGGAAAGCGCACCCGUUUCGUCCUUAUUUUGUACACUUCACCCCGUUCCAGUUUCGUUCCAACAAGUGGAAAUCCCUUUUGUCUCUCUGUGCCCUCCCCUUCCCUCAAUCGCUGUGUAUAGUAGAAUGUAAAGAAUAUAUAGGAUUCUCGAGCCUACGAUUGCCUCAAGGUGUGCAUACAUCUUUGCACAAUUCUAGCAACGACUAGCGCGCAGAAGAAUAAGAACAAAAAAAACCCUUACACAACAAGAAAAUUCUGAUGAACUGUGUAUUGACGAAAUGAUGGUGUUAGUAGUUAUAAGCAUAAUAGAACAAAAUAGAAAAAAAAAACAGCGAAAAAAGAAACGCACCGAGAAAUGUAUAAUCAAAAUCGAAUGAGCUCGAUCAUCAUGAAAGUUGAAGAAGAAGAAAAAAAAAGACAUAAAGCAGGCGUGAAUCAUUAAGCUAGGCGAUAGAAAUGUGGUAUAGAACCAAUAAGACAAGCAAACCAAAAUGUGCGUGAAAAUGUGCAUAUUUUUAAAAAGCGUGUGUGUGUGUUUUUAUUUUGUUUUUCUUCUUACCAGUGCAUCAUGGCAGACGAGAAGCGAAAAGGUGGCAAAAUCUGUAGCUAUUACUCUAGAGAUGGUGGGAUUUUGUUCCAAUAUAAUGGUGAAUGAAAUACUUUCUCAAAUCUUGUUCUGUUUUUUUUUUGGGGCAACACGACAGCGAUCACCUCUUUCAGAAAGAGUUAUUCAUUCGCUGCAACGUUUUGUGAGUCAGUUUUUAUGCUUUUUAAAAUAUACGUUAGAAUUUUUUUUUCUUCCUUUUAUUUCUUUUCGAUUGAGUCGCACACCCUGUGUCGGUGAUGUGAUGCGUGGGAAACACUAGAGCCGAAUGUGUAAAUAAAGCAGGACAAACACAAGACAAACAUAUGAUAAAUUGUACCGUAACGAUAAGCGUAUGAACGAAAAAGCAAAUAAGAAAACAAGUUUGUUAAUUUAAUGUUAUUUUUACCACGGUAUAACCAACACAGCAGUUUGUAAGUCAUACAGCGGACAAAAUGCGAAAAUAAACAGGAGAAGAAAAAGCGAAGAUUUGUUCAUUAUGAUUAGCUGAGCUUGCGCAUGAAUCAUUGCACCACUAUAGUAAUUGUUUGGGAAGGUGAAUUUGAAUAAUUGUCAAAUGCAUCGCACAGCAUUAAACGCGUUGGAGCGCGACUGUAUGUUUGAAAAUUUGUCUCUUCUGUCUAAAGAAAACCAGGACAACAAUGUACACAGAACGGAACCAAUCUCAAGAAAGGUACGUGUAAUGUGUUUAGUUAUUUUAAUUGUGAACCAACCAUCUUCAACAUAAGCAAAUUGAUUAAAUUCUGACUAAUGUUUCGUACAUAACCAGGAGCGAUGAAUAAACAGGAAGAACAACAUGUAAAACGAUGAUAUUAACAUAAGAAUGGCGAAAAAGGCACCAUCUCGAACUUAAACUUUCACAAAACACACACACACACACACACAACUAUACAUAUAAAUAUAUAUAUACACACAAACACACAAUCACUAUUAUCACUCAUCAAAAUGUGCAAGUAUAUGAGAACGAGAAAUAAAUGAAAAAGACGUU